AGUCGCGUAGUGACGCUACCUCUGGCAGCUUGCUCCCUCCAAAACGGCGCGUGCAUUGGCAACAUUGUUUUUUGGUAGUUUACAAAUAAAAUGGCCGAUAUAUGAGGCUAUUUUGUAUGGAGGACUGGGAUAUGCGAUUCCGUGGGAUUAAUGAGGCUCGGGGGUCCGCGGGUGAGCGCUGAAGUGUCGUGUCCGCGGGAACGAAGGCCGGCGAGGUGCGCGCAGCGCGGCUGAGCCCGUGGGAGUGCCGCGGGACCGAGGUGGAGGUUGUCUCCCUCCAGGAGCCGCGGACGCCAAGGGGCCCCGAGGAGCGAAGCGCGGAGGCGACCGCGGAGGACGGCGCCCGAAGGGCCCGCGAGGUUAUCUCGGCCCGGUCCGCGGAGAAGGCCGAGGGCGCCGAGCGCGUCGCGGACGACGACGGCGACCCGGUCGACCGCGCGGACGGGCGGCACCUGGACCCGCCAGCGCGGCCCGAGCCCCCACGGCGGGAACGCGGUUUGCAGGAGCCGGAGAGCGGAGCGUUCGGCUAGCGGCGCCAGCGGGGAGCGCCCGCCGGCCUGACUCGGGGGCGGGCUCGGGUGAACGCGGACCACCGGAGACACAGGGCUCCCGAAGGAUCGGUUCGACUCGGGCCCUCGGGGCAGAUAUGAUACCCAGUGCCGUCCCCCUCCGCCGAGAUACUGGAGCGUGACGGGUUCCUCUCCUUGGAGCCGCUCAAGAUAUUCCCUGAGGAGCGGUUCGACGUAGUGGAGCGGUCUGGCACGGACGAUGCGCUGACCACAACCCAGGGGCGUACCACUGGCGUGGCCUGCCGGAACGGCGACCCCUCCGUCGCUACCCUGUCCAACAUGUGCACGACCCCUGGCAAUGCGGGCACGGGCUUCGGCUAUGCUUGGUCCUUCGGAGGACCGGGCACCGAGACCCGUGAGAACGCCCAGGGUGACCUGACGACCAAUAUCGGUUACGCGGUCAACAAUAAUCAGGACCAGGGCUCGAGUCAGAAGAUACAGGUGGACGUCAAGCCGGCCAAGGUGACGAACAGUGCUCACCGCCGGCCCAUGUUUGCCAUGAAUGAGAGUUGUCAGCAGACUCCGACGACGCAUCACGGUCACACGGGAGCGCACAAUCAAACGGCGCACGGGGCUCACGUGCGCACCAAGAAGCACCACGACGUCUUCGCCCUGACCUGUGACAAGGGUGGCUGCAAUUGUGACGCGGCUCAUCCCACGCCGCCUCCUUCGCUGUUCUCCAAUACUUUGGUCUUUACUACCGCUGACAAGCACGCCAUGAGCAAACACUUCAUGACGCCCCUUGGCCCUCUCCAAUUGACUGCCGAAGAGUGCAAUGAAAUCCUCAUGAAGAGGGCUGCCGCGGCCUCGAACCAGGCCAAUGCCAAUAACGUGGCGGCCAGUCAAACCGACACGACGGCUCACUUUGGACACGUUCUGACGCACGUCAAUGCUACCCAGAUCGAGACCAAGGUGAAGCAGCAGCAGGAUAUGGGCAGUCAGGUGCGGGUGCCAAAGGAACGGCCCUACUCGUGCUCGGAGUGUGGGAAGUCCUUCCUCCUUAAACACCAUCUGACAACUCAUGCAAGAGUUCAUACCGGGGAGCGGCCACACAUCUGCGUGCACUGCGGCAAAAGUUUUGCACACAAACACUGUCUUCACACUCACCUUCUGCUUCACAGCGCGGAGAGACCUUACCAGUGUCGCGAGUGUAAAAAGUCUUUUACCUUGAAGCACCACCUGGUGACGCAUACCCGAGUGCAUACCAGAGAGCGGCCCUUCGUCUGUCAGGAGUGUGGAAGGGCGUUCCCCUUAAAGCGUCACCUAGUGACCCAUAGUAAAUUCCAUUCGGGCGAGCGGCCGUUCGUCUGCGAAGAGUGCGGGGAGUCCUUCUCUCAGAAGGACCACCUGACGAUGCAUUCGCGCUUCCACGGUAGCCUACAUCCGUUCGUCUGCCAUGACUGCGGGGCCACCUUCCAGAGGAAGUUCGAGCUCGUCAACCAUGGUAGGUUGCACGGGAGAGUGCCACAUUCAUGCACCGUCUGUGGGAAGGAGUUCCUGCAGAAGAGGACUCUGUUGGCACACAUGCGACUGCACACAGGAGAAACUCCAUACGCCUGCACCGUCUGUGGCGAGGCCUUCCCACGCAAGGCGGAUCUGGUGGCCCAUUCCAAGAUUCACAAUAAUAACACGAGUGGCGACGAGAAAUCUCUGACGUGCAGGGAGUGCGGCUUGGACUUCUCAAACCGGGAGGCCCUGACAUUGCAUUUAAGGUUACACUCCGGUGACAGGACACUGGUGACGGACCUGUGCGGCCUGGCGGCGGCUUUCCAGCAGACUCCUGGCCACUUCCUCACCCCGAACACCACCGGCACCCAUCAGUAUUUGCAGAUGAACGGGCCGAUCGGCAACCCCGGGGUGAGCCACAUGCACGGGGCCACACAGACGUCGCCGCCAGUGGGGACGGGCCCUAAGCCGAAGCCGCACGUCUGUCCGGACUGCGGACGCGGCUUCGCCCAGAAGCACGGCCUCUCCCAACACCAGAGGCGCCACACCGACGGUAGCUGCCACAUACGGUCCCACGUGUGCGACAAGUGCGGCAAGGCGUUCUUCCAGAAGAAUCACCUGUUGCUGCACCAGCGACAGCACAUGGACCCGCCGCCGAGCAUACUGCGCCAGCAACAACGCCAAGCAGCUCAGGCCGCGGCGCAGCAAGCUCAGCAGGCCCAGCAGCAGCAGCAGCAGCAGCAGCAGCAGGCUCAGCAGCAGGUCCAGCAGGUCCAGCAGCAGCAGGCUCAGCAGCAGCAGCAGCAGCAGCAGGUCCAGCAGCAGGCUCAGCAGCAGCAGCAGCAGGUACAACAGCAGCAGGCCCAGCAGGUACAGCAGCAGCAGCAGCAGGCUCAGCAGGUUCAGCAGCAACAGCCGCAGCAGCAGCAGCAGACAUGCACCGUCGACACCAAGGCCAUCCAGCUGCAGGCGAUACAGCAACAGGUGCAGCAGCAGGUACAGCAGCAAGUGCAACAGCAGCAGCAGCAGCAGCAGCAACAGCAGCAAGCGUGCUCCGUGGACACGAAAGCAAUACAAUUGAACGUCACCAUGUGAGACGGUCUCGAGGGAAGGGACUGGAGGAGGGUCCCCGGGAUGGCGACCGCACCCCCGAACGCGCACCCUGCUGCCACCACCCCUCUGCACGCACUUCUCUUGUACUAACAUUACACACUAGCUAUAUUUAUUAUAUCUCUAGAAAUCAAGUAUGAAGUAAUCGAUUUUAUUACAAGAGUAUAUAUAUACAUAUAUAUAUAUACACCCCACACACAAGAAAUUAUACAUAUUAUAUUCUAAUUAUGUAAGGCUUGUAACAAGAAAAUAAAAGUAACCAUAUAUUAGUGUUUUACAUAUACUUUAUAACAAUCAUUUGGUUGGCAAGUGCGCGGGGAAGGAGGAGGAGGGGCUUUUAGGCAGGUGUAUGCGAUUCGUUGUUCCCUUUUCUUAUUUUUUCUUUUUCUUUUUUGGUUCUUUUCCUUUUUAUUUCUAUUCUUGCUUUUGCUGGAACGGGCCAUUCAGGGCGCUUUUUGACGGUGGGUCGCUCCACCUUUCUCCUUCGCCUACCCUUCGUUAUUCGUGUUAGUUUAAAUAGUAGGAUUACGAUUUAUAUGAAAAAGAGAGUAACGAAUGAACGGGACGUGCGAUGCGGGGAGGAGUGUGCGAACCUUUCUCGGUUUUCGGUGCUGAGAGUGUACGCGUGGGUGCGCUAGCGAGUGAUAAUUAGGGAUUAAGGCUUUAUGUGUAAAUUAGUGUGUAAUCGGCCGCGGGAAGGGCGGCGGAAACCGUACAGUGGUCCCCAGUGCCCCUUCCGCAAGGAAGGGGAUGCGUCGUGGAGUUGAUCGUUUAAUUUUUACCCGCUUCUACGUUUAGUUAAUCUAGUGGGAUAGAAUUUAGGACGUGCGAACGGGGCUCGAGGUUGUGUCAAGGGAAUCCUUUGACGAGAGGCCGGCGUCUUCGGGCGCCGUUUAAGCCUCUCGUCGGAGGCUUCUCGUAAGGUCGAGCCCCCUGACCGGCGAUGUAUGGAAGAUGUGCGCUAAUGAAAAGAAGGAAAAAACGAUAAAUUGUAACAUAUUCGUGUCGGCCGAGCACUUGGGGGGUACGACCCGCGUACGUCCGUCCCUUGUCUCGGAUCCCCUCUUUGUUGUCGCGAGCAGAACUAACAAUGCCCACUCACGAGUCCUUGUUUCACGCCACUAACGUAUAAUUUUGUAAAUAUACAUAUUUUACAUACAUUACGUAGAUUUGAUAUUAGUCUUAUAGCUGCGGAACUAUAUGAGACAUUAAAAUUCUGAGUUAUGAGA